AUGGAAAACUGUAUUAGUAAACUUAUCCUUUGGAAUCCAACUACUAAUUGGUAUACUAUUUUAUCUGAUGACUACCCUAAACAUGGAUACGAUCACCAAUAUGAUACUGGCGCUAUCUACCACGAUCAAUCUAACGACCUUAAAGUACUCCACAUCAAACGUCGAUACAAUAAUGUAUUUGCAAGUGUCUAUUCUCGACGUUUUGGUAUAUGGAGAGAUGUCGAAUUCUUGAAUGCAACUAACUUUGGUUCAAGUUCUUAUGCGUGGUCUGUUGGAACACUAUCCGCUAAGACCGUAUAUUUCUUUGUUUCACAAUCUUGGUGGGUAAAUGGAAAGAAGUUUAUAAUUGCUUUUGAUGUUUUAUCUGAAACAUUCAAACUUAUUAAUUUUCCUUUGAGUAAAGAUUUUAUUCCUAGCCAAGGGCAUCUUAUCACAUUAAACCGGAAGAUUCACAUGUUUGUUGUUUCCGAACCUGAAGUGCUUAUUGUUGAACUCUUCAAACUCGAAGGUGAAGUAUGGCAUAAGGUUUUAUCUUUUCAGAAUUCUCAAACAGUUUCUUUCCAAAGUAGGUGGCACCAACCACAUAUAAUGGAGUACAACACAUGGAUUUUAAUGAGUGAAUGGGGACAUAUGGUUACCGUUAAACUAACUGGCGAAGAUAUUGAAUAUAUCGAUGUAGACAAUUACCACCAUAAUGCAAUGCCUAAACGACCAAAGACUAACUCCGUAUACAAUGACAUUGAUAAAGAAAACACUCAGGAUGCUGUCCUCCCAAUUGUUACUCAAGAUGAGGCUUUUCAUAGAAGGAAAUUAAGGAAAUUAUACUUGGAUAAUAAGAGAUCAAAUGGAGGAACUACAUCGUCAUCCCUCAAUAUUUUAUCCACCAAUAUUAAUUCCACUUCCACUCCGUGUGUUACACAACAUCGUCCAGUUUCACCUGAUGGUGUUACAUCGGAUAACAUAGUCAAAGUUAUUGGUUGUCACAAUUUGGAAUCCACUCCUGAUGUGGCUAAUAAUGUUACUCCAAGUCUCUUAAGUAUGGUAACAAGUAACAUUAGUUGUACUACGCGCAAUCUUACAACGAGAGCAAAUGGUUUUAAAAUAAAAAUUUCAACUGACAUCACAUCAACCACCCGCACAUCAUCUUUGAAUUGUAAUUUGCCAAGGCUAUCAUCUGGGAAACGUAAGUUGGUAUGCAAACCACGUAUUUCAUCUCCUAUACCAAUGAUCGACUUGACCACCGAGGAAACCGUAGAACGAGAUCCUUAUAAAGGUGUUUCUAUAGAUUAUUUGGAUCAUGGUGACCAAGUUAUUACUUGUGAAGUUUGUUAUGCAAACUUAUGGGAUGCAGAGAAAGGAAACUUAAGAAAAGAGGGUGGCAAAAUAUCUCAUAUGUUAUGUUGUGGUUAUGCCAAAGUUGUGUUACCUGAUUACAAAUCUGCGACACCUUAUUAUAAAAGUCUAUUCAUGUCCAAUGAUAACGAAAGCAGAAUUAGUGGUGAAAAUUAUCAUGCGAUUGGUAGUCUUUUGCCAGAAAACGGAGGGAAACCUAAAUUUUGUCAGUUAUACAUAUACGAUACUGAAAAUGAGUUGGCAAACAGGUGUUUAGACGAUGCUUCCUCAUCAACUUCUUCAAACGAAACUGAUAAUAAGUUGAUACAACAAAUCAAAGCAAUGUUGGAUGCCAACAAUAUGCUUGUGAAAAUUUAUAGGAUGGUUAGAGAUUGCUUCCAAGAGAAUCCUAAUACUACGUUGAAGCUUCGCCUUAUUGGGAAAAGAGAACAAGAUGGUCGGACUUAUAACUUACCUACUUCCUCCGAGGUUGCCGCUCUUAUUGUUGGAGAUAUUGAUAACACUCUUGAGAAUAGAGAUAUCGUUUUCGAGACACAAACGGGGUCAUUAAAAAGAAUAAGUGAGUUGCAUCCUUCCUAUCUUGCACUUCAGUAUCCUAUUUUGUUCCCAUAUGGAGACGACGGUUACAGAAUUGACAUACCCCAUAGGGGUGUCAUUGAUGUUACUAACAAGAAACGUCCGAAUUGUACAAUGAGAGAGUUCUUUGCGUAUCGUGUACAAGAUCGUAGUAACCAGUUUUCAUUGAUUCUAAAUUCUCGACGGUUAUUCCAACAGUUCUUGGUUGAUGCUUAUAUGAUGAUUGAGAGCGAGCGACUUAACUUUAUAAGAUUUCAGCACCAUGAUCUCAGGUCUGAUACAUACGAGAGUAUCUGCAAACUAAGAUCUAACGCCCAACAAGAUUUGUCUAAGGUUGGAAAACGUAUUUUCCUUCCAUCUUCGUUUACAGGCGGGUCACGAUAUAUGAUGCAAAACUAUCUAGAUGCUAUGGCUAUUUGUAAAUGGUAUGGUUAUCCCGACUUUUUUAUAACCAUUACCUGGAAUCCCAAGUGGCCGGAGGUUCAAAGGUUUCUUAAGGACACAAAUCUUAAUCCGGAGGAUAGGCCUGAUAUUCUAUCGCGAAUGUUUAAAAUAAAGCUGGAUGCAAUUUGCAAAGAUUUGAAAGACCGUCAUUUGUUUGGAAAAGCUGCAGCUGUUGUUUACACUAUUGAGUUUCAGAAGCGAAGAUUGCCUCAUGCGCAUAUGUGCUUAUUCAUGGAAAAUGAUUACAAACUUCCAACUGUAGACCAUGUUGAUCAGUUUAUUUCUGCAGAAAUCCCUGAUAUAAACGAAGACCCGGAACUAUAUACGCUUGUGAAAGACCAUAUGAUUCACGGUCCAUGUGGUAACGCUAGAAUGAGCUCUCCAUGUAUGGUUGAUAGAAAAUGUUCAAAAGGUUUUCCCAAGAAAUUUCAAGAUCAGUCAACCUUGGGUUCUAACGGAUUUCCCUUAUACAGAAGAAGAGAUGACGGUGCUUUCGUUUUAAAAAAUAAAAUUGAGUUAGACAACAGAAGUGUUGUACCUUACAACAAAAAACUUUUGAAAAGGUAUCAGGCGCAUAUAAACGUUGAAUGGUGCAACCAAUCAGCGUCAAUAAAGUAUUUGUUCAAAUAUAUUAAUAAAGGCCCUGAUAGAGCAACAGUUGCUGUGGUUCCGAGCAAUAAUCAAGACGAGCAAGCAGAAAAUGAUGAAAUUAAAGAGUAUUAUGAUUGUAGGUAUAUAUCGGCUUGUGAAGCCUCUUGGAGGAUUUUUUCGAAUGAAGUUAAUUAUAGGAGUCCUUCUGUUAUGAGGUUGCCUUUCCAUCUUCCUGGACAACAAACAGUUUAUUUCGGUCCUGAUGAAGAUAUUAAUCACGUCCUAAACAAGCCAUCUGUGAACUCAUCAAUGUUUUUGUCUUGGAUGCAACGUAAUCAAGAUCCUAACGACACCGUUGCACGUACACUAACAUUUGUCUUGGAUGCAAUGUUCUUGAGCUUGUCUUUGUAA